AUGGAGGAACUUAUUGAUAAAUCAAUCAAUUUGAGAUUCCUUAAUUUACCUCAAUUGAAUGAAUUGAAAAGAUUAAUAGAUGAUGAACAUUUGAAUGAUAUUUUGAAGCAGAAAUUGUCAGGUAGAGGUGAACGUGAUGAUGAUUUGGAAUACAAAUAUGAUAUUAUCAUUGAAAAUCAACGAGGAAUGAAAUUUUUUGGCAUUCCUUUAUUUUCCAAGAAUUCUUUGUUACCUUUCGAUCCAUCAAAUUAUCAAUUAAUUAAUGGUAAAAACUUGAAACUCAUCAACAAUUCCAUUAAUAAUUAUCCUUUACCAGAUUUGAAUUGGGUUUGGCAUUGGAAAACUUGGUAUAUUUUAAUGAUAAAUGAUGUUGAUGAUCAAGGAUGGAUUUAUUCCCGAUUCUAUUUCAAUUCUCAUCAUUGGAAGGGGAAAUAUUACUUUGGUAACUUCAUUAGAAGAAGAAUCUGGGUCCGAUUAAGAACUAGACAGGUAGAGUUAAAGGAAGACCUGGACUGA